AUGGCCAGUUACACACGAAGCAAGGCUAAGGAGAUGGCCGAGGCUAUGAAUGAUGGCGGAGAGGACACAGUCCAGAUAGGGGGCCGAGAGGAGGUGGAAGGCAACUUUAUUCAAGGAAAGGGAGUGUCACAAAGAGUGAAACCAGUGGUGCCAAUCAUGAUGGGGGCAGGAGGAGUGAGGAAGACAGGAGCUGCAAAAUCUAAUGAGAGAACAGACGAUGAGGACAGGGAGAGUACAGGUGCAGGAGAUGAGGAACCACCUGAGUUGGAUGAUAUGUCCAGAGUGGAGAAAGAGAAGGAACUGGAUCUGAUGGUAGCCAAACUGUCUGGACAAAUAGACAUCCUAACACGACAAGCCCAGACCUCAACAGCCAGGUCCAGUGAGGAGUAUAAAACAGGAGGAAGAUAUGUUACGUUUAGCCCCACCCAAGCCACAAAUUUAGUGAACUCACUCCCGGAUCCAGAACUGCACCCUAUGCCUUUCUACAGAGCAAUAGAGCAGAUAAGGAAGACGCAUUCAGCUGCAUGGAGGGACUUGUCUGGGCUGGUACAAAUCAAAGCAGGGGACUCCUUCUGGCCCACCAUGCAGCGUGAAUUGAAUCUCCCACCGUAUGCAUCAGAAGAACACUUAAAGACAUAUGGGUCAGGGGAGGAGUUUAGUCAGAAGUUGGAGGAAUGGGCAAGGGGGAGAUUGGCUGAUCAAGCUACUCAGAUACAAGACAUGAAGCAGGACAAAACUGAAUCCGUAGAAAAAUUUGCUAACAGGAUGGAACAGAUGUUCCGGGAUCUAGGAUUCAAUCGUAAUGAUACAGUGCAAGACGGGGGCAAGCCAGAUCCACAAGUCGGAGAGGCCAUUAAUACUAUGGCUUUGUGUCCUCCCCAGUGUGGCCCUACACCAACUGUGCAGCUGCAGGUGGGGGGGAACCCACACACCUUUCUUGUGGAUACUGGUGCAGCCAGAAGUGUGCUCCGACUUGAAGAGAUCUAUGACCCGUCCUUUCUGGACAAUAUUACUGUACAAUGUAUUGGCAUUGAUGGAGAGGCAAGAACAUCUGUGCUGACUAAACCAUUGCCUGUGUCCUCAGGUUUAGUCCUUUCUCCCACGGUCCUGUCACAAUUUGUAGUGUCUACUACCUGCCCCCUCAAUCUCUUGGGGGCAGACCUACUCCAAAAAAUGCAAGCAAACAUCCAGUUCCAUGAAGACGGAACAAUUACACUUUCUUCCCUCCUACAACCAGAAGAGACAGUUAUGCUUGCUGCCCUACAAAUAAUACAGGAUGAGAUAUCUGGAACAGCCAUCCCAUCAGAUGUGAUGAAGCUGAUACCUCCCCAUCUAUGGUCCUCAGGACCACAAGAUAUUGGAAGACUAAAGGUCCAGCCGGUAGUAGUCACGCUCAAGUCAGGUGCCAUCCUACCACGUAAACCCCAAUAUCCAUUGUCAGUGGCACAAAUAGAUGCGGUGACUAAGCAAAUCUUGGCAUUCCAAGAAAAGGGAGCAAUAAUUAAAACAACCUCUCCGUGUAACACGCCCCUUUUCCCAGUUAAAAAGAAGGGGAAAAAAGGACAGCCAGACACUUAUCGUAUGGUACAAGAUCUACGGGCUGUCAAUGAAGUUACAGUCCUGGAAACACCAGUGGUAUCAAACCCAUAUACCCUUUUGUCAUGUGUGCCUCCAGAAGCCACCCGUUUCACUGUAAUUGAUUUGGCAAAUGCCUUCUUCUCAGUGCCACUUCAUCCAGACAGUCAAUAUCUUUUUGCUUUCACACAUGCUGGAUGCCAAUAUACCUGGACGGUCAUGCCCCAAGGAGCACAGAACAGUCCUUCUCAGUUCAGUAAAGCCAUGUCUUCCAUACUGGAUGAAUGGAGAAUGGAGCAUGAUACAGUGACACUCCUGCAAUAUGUGGAUGAUUUGCUCUUGUGUGCUGACACUGCACAAACAUGCAGAGAAGCUUCUGUUGCACUACUACUCUUCUUGGCUCAACAAGGAUGCAAGGUCAGUCUUGCGAAAGUACAGUGGUGUCAGGACAAGGUGGUCUUCCUGGGCCAUUGUCUCAGCCCUGGGGCUAAACACCUGACUGAAGAUAGGAAAACAGCGGUUAUGAAGAUGACUGAGCCUACAACACCAAAACAACUUCAAGCCUUUCUAGGACUCAUCUCAUACUGUCGACCAUGGAUUCUGGAUGCUUCAAUCCUCAUGCAGCCCUUGUAUGAUUGUGUUCCUACUCAGCCUUUCUACCUCACCUCUGAGGCAAAACAAUGCUUUGAACUAUUAAAACAAGCAGUCAUAUCCUCUCCAGCCUUGGGCCUCCCGAACUACAACUUACCAUUCAGACUCUAUGUCAUGGAACGUCAAGGAUAUGCCACAGGUGUGCUAACCCAACUACAUGGAGGCCGCAGUCGCCCUCUGGGCUACUACUCAGCCAGACUUGACCCAGUGGCCAGAGGAAGUCCAUCAUGUAUCCGAGCCAUUCAUGCAUGUCACUUGCUAUUGGACAAAACAGCUGAUGUUGUCCUGGGUCAUUCACUUCAAAUCCUGGCCCCUCAUGACAUAUCAGCCAUCCUUCAGCAGACUCAGCCAAAACACUUGUCUGCAGCCAGACAUCUCAGAAUGCAGUGUUCUCUCUUACUUCCAGAUACGGUCACUAUCGGCAGAUGCCAUGUCCUCAAUCCAGCUUCACUCCUUCCUUUCCCUCAAGGGGGGACUCAAGAAGGGAAGGAUGACAACAUUGAUGCCACAUACUCAGAUGAUGAGUUUUAUCACGGGGAAGCCCAUGACUGCCUACAAUUAAUUGAACAAGAAACUGAGCCCCUAUGGAACAUCAAAGAAACUCCUAUUCUGGACCCGGACUUGACACUGUUUGUGGAUGGAUCUAGAUACGCAGAUGCAACAGGAAAAUUCCACACAGGAUAUGCAGUUACCUCAAUAGAAACAGUAUUACAGCAACAACCCCUUCCACCGGAUAAAUCAGCACAGGAGGCUGAAUUAAUAGCUCUGACUGAGGCUUGCAAGAUGGCAGAAGGGAAAACUGCAAACAUCUAUACUGAUUCACGUUAUGCUUUUGGAGUAGCCCAUGAUUUUGGACCAAUAUGGAAAAGCAGGAAGUUUCUGACAGCAGGAGGCACACCUGUGAAGAAUGCGGAAGCUGUGCAGGCACUGAUGGAAGCUCUAAGCCUCCCCAUACAAGCUGCGAUUUUGAAGAUCAAAGCCCAUUCAAAAGCAGAAACUCCAGAGGCCCAGGGGAAUGCUCUAGCAGACAAGGCAGCUAAAGAAGCGGCAGUGAGGGAAAUGAAGGAUCUCAGCACCAUAAUGGCUUUCGCUCCGGGUAAAGUGGCCAGGAAAGACGGUGGAAUUCCAAAGGGAUUCUUCCUCACUAAGGAGAUCUUGGAAGACAGACAACGUGAGGCUACAGAUGAUGAGUAUGAGGUGUGGGCUCGGAAAGAUGCUGGCCCAGAUGAAGAUCGAAUAUGGAGACUGGGCCACCUCCUGUGCCUACCGAGAAGUUUAUAUCCAAAUGUAGUCUGUUGGGCCCAUGGACCCACACAUCUAGGGAAGACAGCCAUGAACAAUCUCAUAUCCUCCAUAUGGUUUGCACCCGCCAUCUCCACUUACACCUCUCGAUAUGUGAACAGCUGCAUGGUCUGUGCCAAGUGCAAUCCAGGGAAGCUGGAGAAGGUUCCCACAAAGUGCCUAGCAAAACCCUUGUACCCUUUCCAAAGGAUCCAAAUCGACCACAUCCAAAUGCCCCCUGCACAGGGGUUCCAUUAUGCUUUGGUGGUUGUAGACAUGUUCUCUGGAUGGCCAGAAGCCUACCCCGUGAAGAACCAGACAGCGAAAACUACUGUGAAGAAGUUGUUGAACGAGGUGGUUUGCCGGUUCGGGGUACCUGAAGUGAUCGAGAGUGAUCAAGGGACUGCUUUCACUGCGGACAUUGCAGAGGAAAUAUGGACAGCUCUGGGAACGCACUUGGCCUUUCAUACACCAUACCGACCACAAAGCAGCGGAAAAGUAGAGAGAAUGAACGGUACUCUGAAACUAAAGAUGCUGAAGAUGGCCCAAGAGACUGGCAAACCAUGGCCAGAAACCCUUCCAAUUGCCCUGGCCAGUGUUCGCCAUACUCCCAGGGGAAAAGAGAAACUAUCCCCCUUUGAGAUCCUAUUUGGUAGUGCCCCUAAGCUAGGACAGUAUUUUCCAGAACAGCUUGCAUUACAGUAUGACUGUCUAGCUGAUUAUGUGAUUGCUCUAUGUAAACAUUUGACUGAUCUACAUUUUCGAGUUUUUUCUUCAAUUCCAGAUCCUGAACAGAUUCCUGGAAGUCACAAGUUGCAGCCCGGAGACUGGGUCCUGGUAAAGAAACACGUCAGAAAGACACUGGAACCCAGAUUUGAGGGGCCUUACCAAGUACUGCUCACCACAGCUACCUCAGUGAAACUUGAGGGAAAAAAGACUUGGAUACACGCAUCCCAUUGUAAAAGGACAUCGAAUCCCGACCCACCUCCUGAACAAUGA